AUGUCCAACUCGAAAAAGAGAGCGGCACCCAGCCAGGACGGCGAGGGCCAAAAGGCCAAGAAGCAGAAGAAGAAGUCGGCGUACCAGGUGGACGAGACGCUCCUCAACGGGGAGCUGGGCAUCAACGAGUCUUUUGCCGUCAUGGACAACCAGCUGCUCGCAGACUACACCGCGCAGAAGAUUACCCGCUUCGGCACAGACCUGAGUACCGUUGAGCUGUCGGAUCUGACCAUCUCUGCAAACGCCAUCAAGGACACCACAUCGUGGACGGAACCGCGGGCCCUGGACAAGCUCCCUGGGUUCCUCGAAAAGUUUGCCGAGAGGCCCGACAGGCUGUUCACGGCGCCCAAGGUCAAGGGCGCGCCGCACACCAUCGUCGUUGCCGCCGCGGGGCUGCGGGCGGCGGACGUCGUGAGGGCCCUGAGGAAGUUCCAGGGCAAGGAGAGCACCGUGUCGAAGCUUUUUGCCAAGCACAUGAAGGUAGACGAGCAGGUCAAGUUCCUGCAAAAUACGCGGACGGGCAUCGCAGUCGGCACCCCCGCCAGACUCAUGGAGUUGGCAGACAAUGGAGCCUUAUCCCUGGACAAGCUGCAGCGCCUCGUGGUGGACGCGUCGCACAUUGACCAGAAGAAGCGCGGCAUCAUGGACAUGAAGGAUACGAUGCUGCCGCUCGCGAGGUGGUUGACGAGGAAGGAGUUUAGGGAGCGGUACGGGGACGAAAAGAAACCUUUGGAUUUGCUGUUCUACUAA